AUGGCGGGGAAGAGAAUUCUGGACUUGGCCGCUCUAUUCAAUGCUUCCCGCGGGGUUGCACAGAAGCACAUUGCCCUGAAGACGAGGCAAAUAGAUGUCUACAACAGAACCUCGACUCUAGCAAGAGCAGUACGCAAUCAGACGGAUCGAGUCACGGAAACUGUAAAGGCCGCAUCGUUUCUUGCAUCGAGGUUGAAUGAUAAUGUACCGGAAUGGACCAAGGAGGCAGCCGACAAUACAUCGAAUUCGCAAUCGAAUGACAGUGGUCCUGUACCUAACAGAAGCUCCAGCAAAGAACAAGAGCAUUCCGCAGGAAAGAAAGAAGGUUUAGAGCAAGAUCAUUUUUACGAGAGAUCAGAAUCAAAUUCGGCUGUCAAUCCGAGACCACAAGGGGAUUUGGAUAUUCAGCAGGAGAAGGCCAAUAGUUACCCUCUGCCAGAUGGGACAAUUCCUCCUAAAGAUGCAGAUAUCCAUGCUGCCGAGUUGAAUGCAGAUACGACUCCGGUCAGAGCUCAAGCCGCGCCUAUAUUAGAUCCCAUAGAUAAUGAGGGGUUGCAAUCGGUGGCUUCAAAUGCCUCGACAAUUCCUAUUCCCAGGAGAAAACCUUUGUCCGCAGACGACGCCAAACGUAUCCAGCGAGAAUAUGAGCAACAAAUACCAUCAAUAACAGCAGAUACGAUUGGGAAGUCGGAAAACUCAUUAGAGGAAGGGCAUGAUGAAGACUCUUUUUAUGAUAGAUCAAAACAUACAUCACCUAGCUUAUCUUCUUUACCUAGGGCCAAGAUACCAAAGCACACAUCUGAUGUUCAAGAAAAUGACAAGCAUCUGAAACAAGAUGCUAUAAACUCUGAUAAUUUCUCAGAGACUGUUCAUAGUACUGAAAAGAUACCUUCUGUUGAAUCGAUUCCUGAACAAGAGCAGCUACCCGAGGGUAUUAACACAGAUCUUUUCCAUAGCCCUAGGGUUGCUAGGUUAUUAGGAGGUAAAACUCAAGGAUCGAGUAACAGCUCUCUAGGCUUAAGAGGAGUAAAAGAUACUCCUAUAGAACAAACCAAGCUGGCCAGGAAUAAAGAUCAGGACACCUUUAAUGUUCGUUCAUCAGUUCAGGCAGAACCAACCACUCCGGAUACUCCCUCCAAGCCAUUCGUCGAGACUUCUCAUCAAAAAGAUGCAGAUAUUGAGAAGCUGGCGGCAGAUAUUAGCAAAGAAACUAGCAAUGAUACCAUGCAACCAGAGGCAAGCUCGCAACCCCCGCCUUAUCAGUUGCGAGAGUCUAGUGUUCCUUCUUCAAGACUUGGGAGACUAUGGAAUUAUAGUGGUCUUGCGGCUGGUAUGGUCGGGGGAGCCAUCAGCGAAAGCCUUCGUCGAGUUAGUGGAGGGGGUGGUGAAGGCUCUUUUAUGUUGAGUGCAGGUAAUAUGGAUAGGCUAGUGACUAAGUUGUCACGAAUGAGGGGUGCAGCCUUGAAAUUAGGUCAAAUGAUCAGCUUCCAGGACUCAAAAAUGCUUCCUGCGCCAAUACAAGAAGUGAUGCAGCGAGUUCAGGAUCGCGCAGAUUACAUGCCCGCUUCACAGAGAAACAAAGUGUUAAGAGCAAACCUUGGUCCGGACUGGAGAGAAUUGUAUGGAGAGUUUGAGGAAGUUCCUUUGGCCGCAGCAUCUAUCGGUCAAGUCCAUCGUGCAACACUCAAAUCAACGGGUGCGAAGGUCGCUGUUAAGAUUCAGUAUCCGGGAGUUGCGGAUUCAAUAGAUUCCGAUCUUAACAAUCUCGCGAUCUUACUCACGGCGUCUCGUCUCCUGCCAAAGGGCCUGUUCCUCGAUAAAACGAUUGCAAACGCCCGAACAGAAUUAGCAUGGGAAUGUGAUUACAUUCGAGAAGCAGAAUGUGGAUUACGUUUUCAGGAACUUCUAGCCGAUGAAGAGGACGUCUUCGUUGUUCCAAAAGUAUACUCCGAAGCAUCGGGCAAACAAGUUCUUACUAUGGAAUAUAUGGAAGGAGUCGGUGUCACCCGUAUUCACAGCUUCACACAAGAGCAACGAGACUGGAUUGGAACUCAAAUCCUUCGUCUCUGUCUUCGAGAGAUUACUGAGUUUAAGUACAUGCAAACGGAUCCUAAUUGGACAAAUUUCCUAUAUAAUGCCCAAACCAACAAACUAGAACUUCUCGAUUUCGGUGCCUCACGCGAGUAUCCAGAGGAAUUCAUCACUAAAUAUACACAACUCCUAGAUGCAGCCUCCAGAUCUGAAAAAGAUACAGUCCGCAAUCUGUCCAUCGACCUCGGGUAUCUUACAGGUCACGAAUCUAAAGCAAUGUUAGAUGCACACAUUCAAUCCAUUCUCACUCUCGCAGAACCAUUCUUGGAAUCCUCUCCGGAGAUUUACGAUUUCAAGGAUCAGACAAUUACAGAGAGAGUAAAAGCUCUCAUUCCCAUCAUGCUUAGAGAGAGAUUAGCGCCGCCACCAGAGGAAACUUAUAGUUUGCAUAGAAAGUUGAGUGGAGCUUUUUUGCUGUGCGCGAGGUUGGGUAGUAAAGUCAGGUGUAGAGAGUUGUUUACAAAUAGUAUGGAGAAGACGAAGUUUCUAUGA